GCCAUGUCAGGUCGCUAGGUCUCCGUGUCAGGUCACUGCAAUCCGAAGGCCGCACCUUUCGCCUCCGGGCUCCGGCGCUAGGGUUUCGCCUACAUCCCAAUUCGAUCCGCGAGCUUACCACGACCAGGUGAUUUCUUCCCCUUUUAUUGCGGUGACGUGGGAGAUGCCGCCGAAGUCUAAGAGGGGUGGCGCUGCCGCCGCGAGGAAGGCGCCGGGGACGAGGAGCCGGAUGGGGAGGGCGCAGGCUGCUGCGGCGGAGGCGCCGGUUGUGGAGGCGCCGGCUGCUGCGGUGGAGGCGCCGGUUGUGGAGGCGCCGGCUGCUGCGGCGGAGGUGCCGGCUGUGGAGGCGCCGGCCGAGGAGGCCCCGAAGGUGGCGGAGGAGCUGAAGCAGCAGCCCUCGCCUCUGCUGCCGCAACAGCCGGUGGUGGAGGAGAAAGGCUCCGAUGGCGCAGCCAACAGUGUCAACCGCGGCGAAGAUGAUGGAGUUGCAAAAGAAAUAUAUGAAGAAGAGGACAAAGGUGAACGGCUUGAGUUUGAGGAUGAACCAGAAUAUGAAGAGGAGGCUGCUGUAGACUAUGAUGAGAAAGAUUUGGAGCAGUAUGAAGAACAAUACGAGGAUGGUGAUGAAGAGGUGGAGUAUACUGAAGAUGUGGUUGAAGUGGAGACUGAUAUUGUGGGUGAGGAACUUGAUGAAGGUGGUGUUGAUGGGGAGGGGGAGGGAUACGAAAAUGAUGAUGAAGAACAUCAUGUGGAUGUGGAUGAUGCAGAGCAGGAUGAAAUGGUUAAAGAGCACCGCAAGCGGAAAGAGUUUGAAGUUUUUGUUGGUGGUCUGGAUAAAGAUGCAACAGAAAAUGACCUUAAGAAGGUUUUUGGUGAAGUUGGUGAGAUCACUGAAGUUCGUCUGAUGAUGAACCCUGCCACAAAGAAGAAUAAAGGCUUUGCCUUCCUGCGAUAUGCAACUGUAGAGCAAGCAAGGCGUGCUGUUUCAGAGCUAAAGAAUCCACUGGUGCGGGGUAAACAAUGUGGUGUUGCUCCAAGUCAUGACAAUGAUACACUCUUUGUCGGCAAUAUCUGCAAAACAUGGACAAAAGAACAUUUGAAGGAUAAACUGAAGAGUUAUGGAGUUGAAAGUUUUGACGACUUACUACUGGUUGAGGAUACAAACAAUCCUGGGAUGAAUCGUGGCUAUGCCUUGCUUGAGUUUUCUACUCGACCUGAGGCAAUGGAUGCUUUCAGGAUAUUGCAGAAGAGGGAUGUAGUCUUUGGAGUUGAUCGUAGUGCAAAGGUUUCCUUUGCUGAUUCCUACCCUCAAGUUGAUGACGAAAUAAUGGCACAGGUCAGAACAGUAUUUCUUGAUGGCCUUCCUCCCUCAUGGGAUGAAGACCGUGUUAAGAAAUAUCUCAAAAAGUAUGGAGCUAUUGAGAAACUUGAACUUGCUCGAAACAUGCCAGCUGCCAAGAGAAAGGAUUUUGGGUUUGUUACAUUUGAUACGCAUGAUAAUGCUGUUGCAUGUGCUGAAGGGAUAAGUAACUCUGAAAUUGGUGAAGGUGAUCACAAGGCAAAAGUAAGGGCUAGACUGUCGCGACCACUACAGAGACCACCUAGAAUGAAGCAUGGAUUGAGAGGAAAUUUUAGAGUCGGGCAUGGUGCCCCACGGGGUGGCCGUUUACAGUACGCUCGUGCUCCUCCACCUCGCAGGCCUCCACCACGCCUUGUUCGGCCUGCUGGUAGUCGCUUACCACCAAUCAGGAGCCAUCCAUUGAAACGACCCAUAUACAUCAGAGAUAGACGUCCUGCUAUGCCAAUGCUAGAUAGAGCUAGGCGUUUACCUCCUUCAGGGAGAUCUUAUGACAGGAGGCCCCCAGCUCCAGUUUACCUGAAGAAAAGUCCAAGGAGAGAAUACGGGAGGCGUGAUGAACUUCCUCCUCCAAGGAGCAGAGCUAUGAUUGAUUACAGUCCUAGAGUUCCAGUUGAUAGACGUCCCUCUUUGAGGGAUGAUUAUUUACCCCGGGGAUCAGGUUAUUCAGACCUAGGUCCUCAUAGUGCUCCCCAUCUUUCUGAUAGGCGAGCUUAUGCUGAUGAUAGUUAUGGGGGGAAGUUCGACCGGCCUUUACCGGUCUAUAGGGAGGGUCGUGGCCAUGAUUAUGACACCGUUUCUGGAUCAAAGCGUCCAUAUGCAGAUAUGGAUGAUGCGCCUCGGUAUCAAGAAAUUGGUGUUCGUCAGUCCAAGGCACGCUUGGACUAUGACAUUGGUGGCAGCAGUGCUCGCUAUGGAGAUACAUACAACGAGAGGCCUGGACGACCACAUGCGGGAUAUAGCAGUAGUCGGUCUAUCCCUGGUCAUGAUUCAGCAUAUGGUAGCAGCCGUAAUGGCAUGAGUUAUGGAGGUUCUGCUAGCAGUGCUGAUGCUGGUGGUAUGUACCCACCGAGUUACAGUGGUAGCUAUGGGUCUCGUGGAUCUGAUGUUGGUGGGAGUUCAUAUUCUUCGCUUUACUCAGGCCGCAAUUUGGGUAGCAGCAGUGGUGGCUACUAUGGAGGUAGCGGUUCCGGUUCAUAUUACUAAGAUUUGGCAUCACCUCGUCUUUGUGGAACAGAUUUGGCAUUAUAGGACGUUGGUGUAGGCCCUGCAUUUUGUGGAGCUCCUUGAUUUAAGCCCUACAGAUCUGGAAAAGAAAUCCCAAGCACCCAAGUGAGGCAAUGAUUUCAAAUAAGACAUUUCAACGAAGCCAGAUCAUUAAGUUGGUUGAAGCAGUAGUCCCGAGGAUGUUCUGGCUUGCUUAUGUAAUGUAAGGAUUUGCUUUAUCUGAUCAAGAGUUAUGAACAUAAGAGCCAGAUAUGGUGUUUUAAGUGUUUCUACUGGUGUUUUAAGUGUUUCGACAUGUUUACUUCCAGUGUUUCUAUAACGUUAUUGAGACAGAAUGGAGUGUACUUUGAGGUAGUUUCUGCAAUUCAAGGUAUUUGAGAUUACAUCUUUGAUGUGCUGCCAAAGAUCAGGCUUACAAAAGAAGCUUUACAAGCAGUGCUUCUUGUAAGGCUAAUAGUUUCUGAAAACCUUCCCUUCUGUCCUCUAGAGGACCAAUAAUCGUCAAGACAGAUAGUUGAUUGAUCAGACUUAAAUUCUGGACAUCUGUACAAAUGGUUCUAUCGGUUGCCAAAAGUUGAGAGAAACUGCUUGUGUGGCAAAAAUUUCCCCAACCUCAUUUGGACUUCUCCCAAGUUUAGGAUAACAGAACUUGAAGCAAAAGGACAUUUGAAAUUUGAGUAUAGCCUUGCAGUACGAUGACUAUAUAGAGCACAAGGCAUCAGGUAAAUUUAACAAGCAGUGCCAGUAUUGAACACCACCCUGGUUCCCUCAUUUAUGAAAUUCCUUGAAGUGCUUUGUGGAGUAUGGAUUAAACAGGGCAGACCCUGUACAGGUGGCUCCAGCUUUAGUGGGGUCUGGGGAAGGGACAAACAGAGGCAAGCUUUCUCCCCGCAAAUGUGGAGAGGCUGCCUCGAAUUCGUGACCUGGUGAUUCAGUGAGACGACUUUCACCACUGCACUGGGACGAUCACAAUCUUUCAAGAACCUUGCUGGAGGCAUAACACACUAACUGAUCAAGUUCCAGAAAAAGUAUCGUAACAUAGUUUGGGACCUUAGGCUAUCUCUAGCAGCUUACCCAUCCCUAUACCCAUAUUCAAACUCCAUUCUGCGAACAGUGCAGUCUACAGUGCAAACCGAUGUUUUUGGUGAUGAUAUAGGUGAAUUGCUGGACACGGUCUUAGUAACCAGGUUCCUGGAUUGAUGGGAUCGAGGAAUAGGAACAUGGUACAUGGUGCGGUACUUGAAAAAAGAUUUUAACACUACGGGGACGAGGUUGUUCCCACAUUCCCGGAACACCCCGAUUUCUAAGUUUGGGACCAAACCAUAGUCACAAAGUUUCCAGAUCGGUAGGGACGAGGAACGGGGUCAAGGAACAUGGUACACUACUUGUGAGAGACUUACAUGGUGGGAAUGGAAAUGACCCUACAUAUCUGGGUCGGGGACGACGUUUCUGGGUCGAGGGUCUCUACCACCAUACGUGUUUCUUGUGAAUAUGGACCAAUCAUUUAGCUCAAUAUCGCCACACUUAGGCUUUAAACCCAAAAAGGGCAGGCUUGAUGUGGUGGUGAGAGUUGUCUCACUUGAGUCAUCAUGUUGGUGAAAGCCUCUAGCACUGGGUCUGCUAUCUUAGGCUUUAAACCCACCAUAUGCGUGAUAUAUUUCAUUGGUCUAAUUUGUGUUGCGUGGACCAUUUUCACCAAAUGAUAACUUUGCCAAGAAUUUACCUUUUAUAUAAGUUGAAGAAACAAGGCGUGCUGUGUUUGUGUUUUGACAGUGACUACUUAUGUAUGGCAUCCUGCAAAGUAGCUGAAAGAUGAGUAGUAAUACCAACACCCCAGCUAUAGAGGCCGCAGAGAGCUGAAACCUAAGCUUAACUUUUAAGUGAUGGUGUCUUUCUUCUGUGAGUUUUAACAUGGAAAUCUCAUGCAUUAACUUUGGAUCUGAUCAAUUGGGCUAGGGAUAAUAACUCGGAUCCUGAGGUCAGACCGCCAGAGGCAAUUUUGCCCUUGAAUUUGGUUUUUGCAGAUGACCUAAUGAUGCCACUGGGUAGGAUGAAAGAUCAAUAUGUAAUUUCAUGAAAAGGCUACUCAGAUGACUUUUGCAGUAUUCAGAAACACACUUUUCUGUGAUUAUCGAUGUACUUGAGGGCCAUUUGUUUGUUACUUAUGUGUUAUUUCUUGUUGGAAUUUGUCUUCAAGAGGGAAUUUGAUGAUGGAAUUAGGAGAUCUAGCAGAACUGUUGAUUGCCAAAUGUGCACAGAAGAAAUACUAUAUGCAAUGGCAUCAAUGGGCUUGGUUACUGGGGGGCAGUACGUGGGAAUCAGCACCUGCUGGUGCUGGCUGGGUUGGUGCUCAUUUGAAAAACAAGGGGAAGGAGAUUAUUUUUCCUUGAUGGGGCAAGGACGGUAGAUCUGAAAGCAGCAUGGCGUGGAAAUAUUUUUCUUGAAAACAGUAGGCACAGGAUUAAGUACAAGAAUACUCCAUUAGAAUUUUGAGUUGAAGGGUCUUGAAUUUUUUACCCAAUUGCUGGAGCAAACUCAGGGAUCUAACACGGUUUAGUCUAACUACUUAGUUAAGAGUAUUCAACAUAAAGAUUCUUUGGAAUCACAAUAAGCUGACAAAUGCAUCAUUUCUUUAUCAAUUUCACCAUCUCAUCUGCAUAGUUCCCUUUGUUUUUAUUCUGUUAUUCACAUGGUUUUUCUAGUGAUGUUAUUAUCAAAGCAGUUGACGAUGCUUACCUGUUUUUCCAUGCUAACGUGGCUUCGAUAUUAUCAUGUUUUUUUGAGCCCUUUGAGAAUUGUAGCCCACCAGCAUGCCUCUUUCCAAAGUCGUGCGUGGAGAUUCAAACCGGUAGUCUAGUGGUUGCCGUCAAAAGCAGCCAGAUUUGUGAAAUCGUCAUGUGUGUUGCUCUCUAGUUUACCGAUCUGUGGGCUUGUAAAGAACACUGUAGGCAUGAAAGCAACCGUAUGUACAGAAAAUAUAAUUAACUGCUCGUAUGAAAUACCAUACGGAGAUGUACCGACGUUUGUCA